CGUACGAAACGAUGGCGCGGUCGGGUUGGUUGGCGAUUGGUGAACGAAUUGUAGAGGGAAGGAAAAAGAAAAAUGGCAAAAUGGUGUAGAAGUCGUUGAAAAGGCUCAGCGGAGCCAUGGCUGCCGGCGGUGAAUUCGUUGAGGGUUGGCUGGUCGCGCAAGUUCUCGGCGAGGGUGCAUAUGGAGAGGUUCGGCUGCUGGUGCAUUCGCGUUCGGGCGCAUGCGUCGCACUGAAGGCUGUGCGCGCCGGAGAAGGAGGCGCGCGCGAGGCGGCGCUGCACCGCGCGCUGCGUCACCCGCACGUGUUGCGCUGUCUGGGCGAGCGCCGCCAUGACCAUCUGCACUAUUUGUUUCUGGAGUACGCGCAGGGCGGCGAAUUGUUCGAUCGCAUCGAGCCCGACGCAGGCAUGCCGCCUCAAGACGCGCGACGGUACUGGCGCCAGCUGGCCGCGGGCCUGCAUUAUCUGCACUCGCGAGGCGUAGCACAUCGCGACAUCAAGCCUGAGAAUCUCCUGCUCGAUAACGACGACAACCUAAAAAUAUCCGAUUUUGGAAUGGCGACUCUCUUCAGGCACGGGUCUCGCGAGCGACUGCUAGCGCGCGUGUGUGGGACGGUGCCGUACGCCGCGCCCGAGGUGCUGCGCGCCGAGACGCGGCCCUACCGCGCGCCGCCCGCCGACCUGUGGGCCGCGGCGCUCGUGCUGCUCGCCAUGCUCGCCGGUGAGUUGCCAUGGGAGCGAGCUAGCUUGGAAGACCCACGUUACGCGUUGUGGAGUACAUGGGCGGAGGCGGAGCGAGCAGAUGCGGCAGUGCCCGGCGGAGUGUGGCGUAAACUGAGCGCCGGCGCUCUGGCGCUCCUGCGACGUGCGCUGCGACCUGACGCCGCACGUCGUCCCGCACUCGAGUCGCUACUCGAGCACCGCUGGCUCACGCAGAGUGACAUCGACCUCGCUCAGCCUCGCGAAGGAACCAAGCGAGUAUGGAGCUCGCAGCCGCUAAUGGCUGCCGAGGCGGGUACGGGGGACCAAGACGCGCUCGUGCUGAGCGCCGCGGACAUGGACGCACUGCUGAGCUACUCGCAGCCCGCACACACCGACGACUUGCUGCUGUCCACCCCGCCAGACGCCACGCAGGGCACGCAGCCCGGCUUGCUGCAACGCCUGGUGCGACGCAUGACGCGCGUUUGGAUGCGCUGUGACGACACGGCCGCGCUGAAAGCGCUCACCGACCUACUCGAUGAGAAGCGCUACGUUUGGCGCCGUGUACAUCCACGCAUCUUGGCUAUUGACUGCGGGGACGAGGUACGUAUGCGCGCGUGGGCUUUGCGCGUUUGCCAAGAGGAUAGCGAAGCACAUUCGGUGUUGGAGUUUCGUCGAUCUCGCGGAUGCGGACUGGCGUUCAAGCGGCGCUAUUUGGAGCUACGACGAUCGUUGCAGCCGCUGUCCACGCCACCGCCCCCGCGGGCCGACAUGCUCUCUGCGCCGCUGUACGCGCUGGAGCCUAUGGACACCGCCAUGGACCUCUCGUGACGUCUGGAUGGAUUUGUUCCUAUUCUCUCUGCUGAGUGAAUCCAUUCGAUACGCAAGUUGGGAGAAAUAUCGAGUCCUCCGCCUUAAAUGUGAUAUUGAUAUUGAAAGUGUUAUUUGUUAAAUAUUAGCUUUAAAUUAUUACUUUUGAGUGUCAUUAGAAUAAUAUGCUGUUAUUUGUAUUUUCUAUAAUAGUUGUAAGAGAAGAACGUAAAUAAUUUUCAUGUAUACUUUAUAAUAUAAAAUCUUUUUUCUAUAA